AUGAUUCCGGAGUUUCCAUUACCUCCAACUGAUGCCGAUUUCUAUAAAUCGCAAAUUUAUCAACUUCCACCAAUGUUUGGACACAGUGUGACUGUUCCUAAAUUGGUUGAAUCAAGCUCGAUUUUCUCGUCAAAUUCAAUCGAGAACAGAAUUGGUGAGUUGAACUAUCUAUAUUUCCCAACAAAAUUUUCAUUAAUUCAAUUUUCAGAUAUGAAUCAAGCAGUGAAAUCAGCCAAAGUUUCACACAACAUCAGAUCAAAUUUAUUCAAUUCAAAAUCAUCGAUGACAAAAAAUAAUUCUAAUAUUAUUACGACAUCUAAUCUAUUUUCGAAGCUGAUACCAAAAUUGGCAACUCUCUAG